UUUCAGCACGGCAGCAAAAAUUGAACAAGAUUUUCUUCAUCACUUUAUCGGUCCGUCCGAAUUCAGAGAGGAUUGAUAAAGUAAUAGAGUUUAUGAAAGAUGCCAACACCGUCUUCUCUGAUGACCUCUGCAAUCCUCUGGCAUCCUAAAAAAGCAACAGAAUUUCAUCUGCAAAUGAUGUCUAUAACAAAUCCCCAGCAACGUCUGUGCUGAUGCCUUUAGGGCUGGCUCGGUGACUUCUGUGGGAAAUUUGUAGCAUCCAGCCUCUGGCAUCUGCUCCUGGCAGAAGCUCAACCAUUUGAAGAGAAGCGGAGGGGGAAAAUAAUCCCGAUGAGGAUAUUUGCACAUGCUGUUCUCUACCUCCUCGCCUGGGUGUUUUGCUGAAGGACUGGGACAUCUGCACAGAAGGGAGAGCGGCAGCGGCUGGAGCUCGCCCUGUGUGGAGCUGAAGUUCCUCCAGUACUGUGGGGUUAGCAGUGCGCCGGGCCAGGCAGCAGGAGGAACGAGAUCGCACCACCGGAGCGUACACUGACAGACUUGAUUAAAUUCAAGCCUGAUGGCCUCUGGCAUAAACAAGAUUCAUCAGCCCGGGACUUGUAAUUCAUCUAAAGCAGCUCGCAGCAGCUCGGCGGAGGAAUGCAGUCAGGAAAUGCACAUGAAAAUGUGCAAGAAGAUCGCUCAGCUCACUAAGGUGAUAUAUGCCCUGAACACUAAGAAUGAUGAACAUGAAGCUAGUAUACAGGCUCUGAGAGAGGCUCAUGAAGAAGAAAUUCAGCACAUUCUUGCUGAGACAAGGGAAACAGUUCUCCAGUGUAAAAGCAAAGUUGAAGAAGAGCAGUUGCUAAGAAAACAUAUUCAGGCCCUUGAAAUUGCAGUAGAACAGCACAAGAGACUAAAGGAAGAAGCCUUGUCAGAGUUAAUGUUGUACAAGAAGCAGAUGGAAGAGAGGGAGCCAAGAACACAAAUUAAACAAGCGCAGGCAGUCCUUUCUGUGGACACAGUAGGUACCAAUACAAACUUUGAAAACAAGCUUCUACAUUUAAGUCAGGAAUCUGAUGAGCUGGUAAAUGAAUGCAAAGCAUCCAGAAGAGAAAAUAUAGAUGAAAAAGUGAUUUUAGAUGAAAAAUACAGUGUGGAAGGACAACCUUUAAUAAAUGAGAUGAAAAACCUGAAGAGUGAAAACCAGAGAGCAGGUGAAGAAUAUACUCAGAAAACGAGCAAACGGCAAGCCUCUUGUGAGAAAGAAAAAGAGACUUUGAAAAAGGCCACUCAACAAUCUACGAUAGAAACAAAGAAUUGCCAACAAAGAGAAAUGGAUCAAAGGAAGAGCUCAGAGGCUGAGAAAGGUUUUUUGCUGCAGCAGGUAAAGAAGCUGGAGGCAGACCUCGAGGAGAAAAACCAGAAGAUAAAUGAGAUGAAGAAGCGUUCCCAGAAACUGAAGGAGAGAAUACAGGAGCUGCAGACACAGCUAGAGCAACUUAAAAGAAAAUCUGAGUGUGAACUAAACCAACUAGAGAAAGAGAAAGAAGUCCUAGCUGGGAAACUUCAAAACUCUUCACUUGAGGUGGCUCAGCUGAAGCAGAUAUUAGAUCAGCAAGCAAGUAAUUUCAAGGAGUCACUGAAGAAACAUAGUCUACAGUUCAACAAGGAAAAAGAGAAGCUUUUGCAGGAUCUUCAAAACAUCAUUAAAGAAAACCAGAAUGCUAAACUGCAGCUGGAGGCAUCACAUCAGAAAGUCUUAAAAAUGUUGGAGAAAAGCAAAAAUCAGGAACUCAAGGAGGCGGAAGAACGUUUGAAAAAGGAAUUUAAUGAGACUUUCAAGAGCCAACAUCAGUCUCAUAGACUGGAAAUACAAACCUUGGAAGAGAAGGCAAAGAAAGAAUUACAUGAUGAACUCGAGCAGAUACAGAAGGAGCAAACUGUGUUGCUAGGAUCUCUAAGGAUGGAACUCUCUGAGCAACAGACAUCGUGCACUAGCCUCAGAAAACAAAUAGAAGAACUCCAAAUGGAACUGAGGAGUGUGAGGACAGUGAAGAAGCAACAGGCAAGAAUUCAGUUCCUACUUCAUUGCCAUGUUGUGUUUUGCAAAAGCAGUAGUAUCAAAUUUCUCUCUUCAGAGAUAAUAAAAGAAGGAAGUAGCCAGAGCCAGAUCAGAUCUCUCCAUGACGAACUGGAAAAAUGUCAGAGUGAAAUUUCUGAACUCAAGAAAGAGAAUUUACUUUUGAAGGACACAAUGGAGCUACUCAGUCCUGAGUUGAAGUCCCAAAAGGAAGAAGCUGCACAUCUCCAGGAUAGUGAGAAACAGCACAGAAUUCAGACAUAUUUUAAUACCAAUAAAAGGCUACUCGUAGAAGACUUCAAUGUCAAGCAUAAAAAAGAACUGGACAUACUGAAACAAGAUCACUGGAAGGAAAUUGAAAGCAUAUUAUCUGAUUUCAACAGCGCUCAGGCACAUCUCCAAGCAAAGAUUUUCUCCUUAGAAACUGAACUUAAAGAAUUAGAAGAAAAGUCAAGAAAGUGGGAGUCCAGAUCAGAAGGUGCACACCUUAUAAGCUGUCUGCAAGACAAAUUAAGUGAGAAAGAAGAGAUUAUCAAGCAGUUGGCAGAAGGAAGAAAAUGUCAGCAUUCACAUUUAGCCAACAAUGAAUCUUACAGGAAUCGAUCAUUUUCUUUCAACCCUAAUAGAGGAUGCUCAACUCCCUCCAUGAAGAAGAAGAAAACUAUUGAGGCGCCCAGUCGUGUUGUCAGUGUGCCGAAUUUAGCUUCCUACGCAAAGAGCUUUUUGAGCUGUGACUUGAGAUCAAAAAGAAGUGCUCCUCAAAUAACAAAAUCUACAAGCUUAGACCGGAGUUCUGGCUGCCUCAGGGUGGGCUUUCCAUCAGCACAGUCCUCAGACACCACAAGGGCACACGGCAGUGAGCUACCACAAACCAAAGAUGACCAAAAACAAGACCCUCAGCAUCAAGAAUGGUUUACUAAAUAUUUUUCCUUUUAAAGCAUACUCCUCAGAAUUACUAGAAAAGCUGUUCCUGUUUUCUUUCAUGGAAUGAUGAUCCAAUACAUGGUUUAGGAAAAACAGAAAAGUAAUUUCCAAAUAAAUAAUUAGGAACAACUGCACUCUUACAGCUAAUUGCUAUGGAGGUAUAGGCAUGGAUUUCAGAAAAGUGUGGUUUUGUAACAACCAUUGUGAAAAAAGAAGCAAUAGGGAAAUUGUGGAUACUGUUACAUGGAUAGACUUUUUAACCAGGAGACUAUACCACUCCACUGCUAGAUUCAGUAUGCAGUUUGGUCGCUGAUACAUCCUGUCAAUAUCACUCCAGCUGAAAAAAGAUCUUACUUCUCUAAGGGAUUUCUGUAGAUUUAUACGUUUGCUUCAUCAGCUGUUUAAAAUAAUUUCUGUAUAUAAUAAUGUUAUUUUCCAAGUUUUUAAUAGGUUUUUGUUACUCUUAUUUUAAGCUGUACAGCAUGGGAUAUGCCUCCAAGAAUAGCAUGUUUAUAGCAGGCUAUAAUAUAUUAUUAUAAAAAUACUUUCAAGUUUGUUUAAUACACUCUUUUGUAUAGUCAGCAUUGCAAAAUAAUGUUCCUGUUGCACUUCAAUACUUGUAUCAGCCUGACAAAUUAGGAUAAUAUGUAAGUAUGAACAUUAAAACUUGUUUGUACAUCAUC